UUAACAGAUCUCACAGUUUAAAGACGGGGGUAAGCACCAUGUGGUGACACGAGUGCUGAAAAGCCCAUACAUUGUAGAUCAGUGAUUCAACAAGCUAGGGAAUUAGCUUUUCUCUGGAAACAGAAAGUGAAACUUACUGACAUUCACUUCACUCAUUUCACUGUCGUAGAGGAGAAAUGGCGCAGCAAGUGAGUCUGGGUCGGGAAACACUGAGCUGUUCGAUCUGUCUGGAUGUUCUAAAGGAUCCGGUAACUCGUGGACAUAGUUAUUGCAUGCGCUGUAUUAAAGACUGCUGGGGUAAAGAGAAUGAGGAGAAAACCUAUAGCUGCCCACAGUGCAGGCAGAGCUUCACACCGAGGCCUGCUCUGGUGAAAAGUACCAGGCUUGCAGAGUUCACGGAGGAACUGAAGAAAGUAGGGCUUCAAGAUGCUUCACCUGAUCUUUCCAUUGCAAAACCUGGAGAUGUGGUCUGUGAUUUCUGCUCCGGGGUGAAGCUGAAAGCCUUCAAGUCCUGUCUGAUGUGUAUGGCCUCUUUCUGUGAGCAACACCUCCAACCUCACUUUGAUGUAGCUCCAUUAAAGAAACACAAGUUGGUUGCAGCCUCCUCAAAGCUUCAGGAGAACAUCUGCUCUCGUCAUGACGAGGUGAUGAAGAUUUUCUGCCGCACUGAUCAGCAGUGCAUCUGUUAUCUCUGCUCCAUGGAUGACCACAAAGGCCAUGACACCGUCUCCGCUGCAGCAGAGAGGGCUGACAGGCAGAAGGAGCUCGGGGUGAGCCGGGAGAAAGUCCAACAGAGAGCCCAGGACAGAGAGAAAGACGUCAAGGCGCUUCAACAGAGGGUGGAGGCUAUCAAUCGCUCUGCUGAUGAAGCAGUGAGGGACAGUGAGAAGAUCUUCACUGAGUUCAUUCAUCUCAUUGAGAAAAGAAGCUCUGAGGUGAAGAAGAUCAGAUCCCAGCAGAAAACCCAAGUGAGUCAAGCUCAAGAUCUGGAGGAGAAGCUGCAGCAGGAGGUCACUGAGCUGCGGAGGAAAGACGCUGAGCUGCUGCAGCUCUCUCACACCGAGGACCACCUGCAUUUCCUAAACAACUACCCCUCACUGUCACGUCUGAGUGAGUCUGAAGACUUACCCAGCAUCGAUAUCUGUCCUCUGCGCUUAUUUGAGGAUGUGACCGCGGCGGUGUCAAAGACCAGAGAUAAACUGCAGGGUGUUGUGACUGAGGAGUGGGAAAACAUCUCUCUGGCAGUGACUGGAGUGGAUGUUUUAAUGACCCAAGCAGAGCCCAGAACCAGAGCUGAAUUCAGGAAAUAUUCUCGUCAAAUCACAUUGGAUCCAAAUACAGCACACAGGCGGUUGUCAUUGAGUGACGGGAACAGGAAAGCCACACUAAUGAAAGGAGAUCAGUCAUAUUCUGCUCAUCCAGACAGAUUUGUUGAUUAUUUUCAGGUCCUGAGUACAGAGGGUCUAACUGGACGUUGUUACUGGGAGGUGGAGUGGAGCGGGAGAGCUUUUAUAGCAGUGGCAUACAAGAACAGAACUGGGAAAAUUAAUCAAUGUAGAUUUGGAUUCAAAAACAAAUCUUGGGCAUUAGAUUGUAUCAGUGGUGGUAAAUAUACAUUCUAUAGCAAUAUUCCUACUCACGUCUCAGGCCCUCAGUCCUCCAGAAUAGGAGUGUACCUGGAUCACAGAGCAGGUUCUCUCUCUUACUCCAGCGUCUUUGAAACCAUGACCCUCCUCCACAGAGAGCAGACCACCUUCACUCAGCCUCUCCAUCCUGGGUUUCGGCUUCCAGGGAAAGAUGGUGACACAGUUGAGUUGUGUGAGCUGAAGUAGGCGGAAGUUUAAAUAGUGACUUACAGAGGACUAACUAGGACUGGGACUGGUUUUAUUUUUUGUCUUUGUAUUUUUAUUUUUAUUUGGAUAAAACAAUCUUGUUUGUUGAAGUUGUGAUUUGUACAUUAUAUUUUCUCAACAUUUUCAUUACAUAAUAUGCUUGGAAAAGUACAACAUUUACAAAAUGUCUAAUCUAAUUUUAUAUUAACGGGUGUAAUUAUGUAAACAUUUAUGAAUGUAUUUGGAUUCUUCCUAAUAUGUAAAACAUAAUUUAGAAUGACACAUAAUGUUGUUUAUACUGCAUUCUAUGUUGCUCUAGUUCUGAUAAUACAAAUUAUAUCUAUUUUGUUAAUGUGAC